CCUAAGACCAUCCUCUGAAUAAAAUCAGAGUCCAAACCCCAAUAGAUAUCAGAAGACAGCAAAUUUAGAAAAGGCUAAGGAGUCUCAACAGGAUAGAAGAUCGCUCAUCAGCUGCCACAAUGAGUUCUGAGAUAAGCAGCAGGUGCGAAGCCCUACGAAAGGCAGGAAAUGAGAUAUAUUCUCAAGUGCGCGAUGGCUGUUAUGGGCCUUGUGUGUUGAGGCUCAAACUGGACAAAGCUCAUAAGCUAUACGAAGAAGCUCUUAAAGCAGCAGGCCACGAUAAGAGCGAAAUAGCAUCGAGUUAUAAAAAUCUGGCAGCAGUAAAUUGUGUUUGGGGAAAAUCAGAAUGGCAAAUAUACAUGAAAGAGUCUGAAGGAAGUAGCGAAGCUUUGCAGGCAAUCAGGGCCGCCAAACAGCGAAUAUCAAAGUCCCUUAAAUUUUAUUUACUGGCUUCUGAAUUGGGGGAAUCUGGUGCUAAACCGAAAAUAUGGGUAACACAGGUACAAGAGACUAUAGCUGAUAAAAUCUUUGGGUGGGUAGCUGAACAGCUUGAGGCUAAUGGUGUAUGCUUUGAGCCCAUACUAGUCGAUCUGUGUGCACAGUUAGAAACUGGCAGAUCCAACACGGAAAAAGAGUUAGCAACUAUUUUUUAUAUGUUUCAUGUCUCAUUCAUCUUUAAUCAGGGCUUCAAAUACAUCACCAGCGAAGAUGAAGGAGAAGAAAGAAGACUUGAAGAAAGUGGUUACAAACGCUGCUUGAAUGCAAUCAAGGAGUGUUAUCUGCCAUUAAGUAAGGCAGAGGGUAUUGCCUAUUCCACAAAUGAUAAUGAUUUGAUAAAAAAAUUUCAGGAGCUGAAGGAACAGGUGUUGCUAGCUGAAUUUAUAUUUGAAUCUACACAAGCCCGUUGUCAAGGAGAUGCAAUUCUUGAGAGGGCUUUAUUUGAGGAUGAAGCAGUGAGCAAGGAACUAGUGUAGGAUGCCAUUGAUUGGUAUAGGCAUUCUGUUUCGCUUAGCAAAGAGAAAAAUCCAGAGAGUGAUGCUAUUGCCCUCAGCCGAAUUGGGAAAGUAUAUUCAUCUGUCUUGAAAUCAGAAAAACAUGCCUAUCCUUACCACUUAGAAAGCACAGAAAUUGCCCAAGAAAUCAUGUGUCCACGUAUAGCAGAGUCCGAGUGGUAUAAGUACUCAUCAUUGAAGGUGCAUCAAUACCAAAUCGAACAAAAGGCAAAUGCAGAGAGGAUUGAAGAAGAAAUUAAUGUGAUUAAGGUGGAAGGGGAGAAGAGCUCGCAGUCCUUUUUGAACUUCAUAUACAAAGAACACAGUCAUCCAGAUCCGAAGAAAGGUCAGAUGGGUAAAAUUGAUACUCCUGCAAAUGUUAAGGCCACUCUUCGAAAAGCCAUACAAGCAUACCACCCUGAUAGUAACAGUUCCUUUCACCAGGACUGGAAGAUUUUGUGCGAAGAGAUUACAAAAAUAUUAAACUGCAAAUAUAGAGCCUUCAAAUAAAUAGAUCAUGAUCGCUGUCCUCAGAAUCAGACAGGCUUUCGAUGUUAGUAAGGAAAGCACCGGGCAUGUCUCGAUUCAUUGUGGUUCUUUCAAAAUAAAAGAUUUUUCUCGUUGCUUCUCUAUUGGUUUCUCAUACCAGUCCACCAUGCUGGAACUCAAUCAUGGCAGGACAUAUCAUCUCUACCAGUAUUAAACUUCAUCAAGAGUGUCCAGUCAAGCUCCAGUUUAAGCUUGAAUAUGAGAUAUACUAGGAAUAGAAUUGAAGUCAUGGCAUUUUGAUGACAUGAAGCGCCUUUAAUGUAGAAUCUUCUACUUGCAGUUGGUUCACAUUUUAGGAUUAUUAAUAAUAUCAGUUUUUAGGAUUGUUGAUAUUCAAAAUUAUUGGUUGAAUAUUAGCAAUAGAAUUGAAGUUUGGAGGAUUUUGGCUGUCAACAAAAUCAGGAACGCUGGUUUAGUGCUGCUAUUAAUUAGUGGAAUAUUUUCAAAAGCUUCCUACACUGUUUUGAAUCUGUCCAAAGUUCUAAUGAGUAUAAAAACAAAUAAAAUGUAU